AUGCACAUGAAGCUCCAGAAUGCCAGACUCGAAGUUUUUGGAACACUAUCUUUUGAACCCGACCUGCUUUACUGGAUCCAGAACUCAUUUCGCAUCGAGUUCCAGAAUCAGUCCACGUCGUGGAUUGUAGAAGGACACGAUAUCGAAAUCGACGAAGGCGGCUGGGCACAGGGCGGUGUCAAUGGAAAUGGCCAGGCGUGGAUGACUCGUACUCAAGGUCGGAGCAAUCAAUUCGGGCGACCGAUUCCACUGACGAUAUUCAACUCGACAAACGUCUCAGUGAAGAAUUUCUCCAUACGGCAGCCACAGUUCUGGACUUUCUAUGCACAGGAUGUCCAACACCUAGAGAUGAGCGGCAUCUUUAUCAAUGGAACAAACACCGACCCCGCUGGCAACAGAUCCAAUUAUGAGACCAACAUCGAUGGGUUUAAUGGUGUCCGGGUCAAUCAUGCUCGCCUGGCAGACUGGUAUUUCCAUGGCGGUGACGACUGUAUUGCCCUGAAAGGCAACUCCACGAACUUCGCCAUCAGCAACAUAACUUGCCUAGGAGGUGGGAUCGCAUUCGGUUCGAUCGGCCAGUACAAGGAGUCUCCAGACUUCGUCUCCAAUGUCACGGCUCAGGACAUUUCGGUAGCAAAGGAUAUUCGCCCCCCGACAGGAGGAGCGGGUGUGUCUGGCGGUGCAUACUUCAAGAGUUGGGUCGGCGUUGAAGCCGGUCAGCCGCCGCAAGGUGGAGGUGGAGGCACUGGACGAGUGGACAAUAUCACGUUCACCGGCUUGAGCGUGCAGAACGUGACCAAUGCCAUCUUCGUAAACAAAUGCUACUUCAAGGUACCCUCCCAAGCACAGCACUGCGAUACCAGUACUUUGGUGUUUGGCGACCUGACUUUCUCCAAUGUGUCCGGGACUGUCAAAGGCAGCACGGGAGUCUCGCUGAACUGUUCAGCUGCAGCGCCGUGUCAAGACAUCAAGCUGGAAGACGUCAGGCUAGCUUCGGUUGCUAACAAGAGCGUCGCUCUUACUUGUGUCAACGCGAAGGGGUUGAUGGUGCAACCUGUAACAGCACGCUGCCCUCCAUGA